CACAACACAGAAUGUUGCAAAAUUACGCAGUUAUAAUGUGCCGUGCGUGGGAACGAACAGGACGCUAUAUCUGGAAGUACAUUCAGUAUAGCCCAGAACGGCCACUUGGACAUGUGAAGUGUGCGUGGAUGCGAUACGAGUUCCAGAGUGCAGGGGCUCUAGGAAACCGACCGCACAUUCAUGGAGGUGUCACGCUGUAUCCAGAGCCAGAAAUAGUUUCACUUCAGCGGAUCAGAUGUUCGUUGGAACACAUGUUCACAGUAAAUGCUAACACUGAUAUGGCUACCCUUGAUCACAGAAGGAGUCAUUGAAAGCGAACAUGAAUUCUAUCGUUUUACAUUCUCUAGCAAAACUACUGCAAACACACAGCUGUGCCAAUGCUGAUGCAAGAUGCCAAAAGAAACGUGCUGCGGAUGACUCCCUCAUCUGUCGUGUGCAGCGUCAUCCCUACAGUCUUAGAUACAACUUUAAUGAACGAGAGCAGCUCUAUGACCAGGACACAUUGGAUAGACUGAAGUAUCUUGAUCUUGGUGACGUCGAUCGCAAAACGCAAAAGUGGAAACCAUGCAAAGCAUUGCGUGCUGGCAGAUGGCAAUAUCCAGCUCAACUGAACGAGCAUUUUAUCCCAACUGUUCCACGACUGUUUGUUGCAAUGCAAGCUUGCACUAAUGAACAAUUCUGCGACCGCAAAUUCCAGGUUUCUUAUCUGGCGAAGUAUGCAGCUGGCGUUGACGAAAAAGCGCAGGUCUCAUUUACCCACACACUAAAUGUUCCUCACACCAUUGAUGCUCAUGUUCACUCACUCGUCAACCAAAAAAUUUCAGGCCAGGCACUCAAGUCAUCGAAAAAGCAGUCAACUUCAUUAGCACGAGAAAUGCCCCUCACUGAGAUGAUCUGGUUCUGCGCUGGUCUACCGUAUGUCACUUAUCCAACCGAUAUGACACAUGUAUCAACGAUGCCACCUGAGUACCGCUAUGCAAUUGUGAAACGUCAGGGAACCAUUACACGAGUUGCUGGUGGUGGGGGCCAGCUUCUACCUGUUGAGGCUCGGCAUGGUUUGCCUGAAUGGCGAAGGUUUACCCAAUCUCAAGAACUGACGAUGCAAGACUAUGCCAGAGGGACAUACUAUAUUGACG